AAAGAUGAGCCAAGAGAAACCUCGCAAGGAAGAGCAAGAACCCGUGAAGUAUGGCGACUUGUUCGUCGUGGAAGGGGAGCUGGCCAACAAGGUGGUGGCUCCGGUGGACGCAGACAUGAUGCAGGCCGCCGAGAAUGCCAUAAUGGGCGGCGUUCAGAAGCACGGUGUGGCGGAGGCGAUGCGAUCGGCGGCCAAGAUAAAUGAAGCGGCCGGGAUUGUGUCACCUGGCGAUGUCACCGGUGCCAUCGAAGACCACGGCAUUAGCAUUACCCAGACUGAAUUCUCGGGGAGACGCGUCGUAUCUCAGUUAAUUGGCGGACAGGUGGUGGAGCAAUUCAGUCAAAAGAGCACGUCACCUUCAACUGGUCAGGAAGUAGGGAAUGCUGGAAUCACCAUAGGGGAAGCUCUGGAAGCCACCGCUAUAACCGCCGGAAAUAAGCCGGUGGAGUGGAGUGACGCAGCUGCCAUUCAAGCAGCCGAAGUCAGAGCCACCGGCCGUACCAGCAUCAUCCCCGGCGGUGUUGCUGCCGCGGCACAGUCCGCUGCCACUUUCAAUGCUCGAGUAGCAAGGGAUGAGGAAAAGACCAAACUCGCCGAUGUCCUAGCGGAUGCGACUUCGAAGCUGCCAUCAGACAAAACGGCGACGAGAAGAGAUGCAGAAGGGGUGACCGGAGCAGAGAUGAGAAAUGAUCCGAACCUCACAACUCAUCCCGCCGGAGUGGCAGCGUCAGUGGCAGCCGCUGCCAGGAUCAACCAAGCUAAAUAAUUAAAUACACUAUUUUUUCGAAUGCGUGUACAUAGAUAUAGCUUUAUCCACCUCUCUGCUACUUUACUCCGUGCAACCCCGCUUUGUUUGUGCUUUCAUAAUCGUGCCCCCAAGGGUGCUCCUGCGCAUUUGGUUAAGUUUUCAUAUCAAUAAAAUUUUGUAUUA